CUCUUAACCGUCCCCUUCUUUAAAAAACUCCGGCCACCACCAACUCCGCCGCAACAACCACCACAAAAAAUGGUUUCCCGAUCCCGAAAGUCACCGGAGAAACAAUCAGGGACCGUUCUUCUCGGGAAAUACGAACUCGGUCGUCGUCUUGGAGUCGGAAGCUUUGCUAAAGUCCAUGUAGCUCGUUCCAUCUCCACCGGCGAGCUCGUAGCUAUGAAAAUCAUCGACAAGAAGAAGACUAUCGAUUCCGGUAUGGAGCCGAGGAUCAUCCGGGAGAUCGAAGCGAUGCGUCGUCUCCAGAACCAUCCCAACGUGCUAAAAAUCCACGAGGUCAUGGCAACAAAAUCCAAGAUCUAUCUCGUCGUUGAAUACGCCGCCGGAGGAGAGCUCUUCGAAAAGCUCGUCCGAUACGGUCGGCUUAACGAAUCGGCGGCUCGUCGUUACUUCCAACAGCUCGCCUCCGCGCUUAGCUUCUGCCACCGCGACGGGAUCGUUCAUCGCGACGUGAAGCCGCAGAAUCUGCUCUUGGAUAAGGAAGGGAACCUCAAGGUCUCCGACUUUGGUUUAUCCGCUUUGCCGGAGCACCGUAGCUGUAACGGGUUGCUUCACACAGCUUGUGGGACUCCGGCUUAUACUGCACCGGAAGUGAUUGCUCAGAGAGGUUACGACGGUGCUAAAGCUGAUGCUUGGUCGUGUGGUGUGUUUCUCUUUGUUCUUCUUGCUGGUUAUGUUCCUUUUGAUGAUGCUAACAUUGUUGCGAUGUACCGGAAGAUUCGUAAGAGAGAGUACCGUUUCCCGAGCUGGAUCUCGAAACAAGCUCGAUCUAUUAUCUUUAAGUUGCUUGAUCCGAAUCCAGAGACGAGGAUGAGUGUUGAUGAUGUGAUUGAAACAGCUUGGUUUCAAAAGUCUCUUGAGGUUCGGUCUGAUGUGGUUGAGUUGGAUAGGUUUCUUGAGAAAGAGGCCAAGACGAACAAUGUCGUUACGGCUUUUGAUUUGAUCUCGUUGUCUUCGGGGUUGGAUCUCUCGGGUUUGCUCGUGGGGAGGAUGAGGAAAGAGAAGAGGUUUACUGCGAAGGUGUCAGCGGAUGGAGUGGUGGAGAAGGCAGAGAUGAUAGGGGAAAAGUUAGGGUUUAGAGUUGAGAAGAAGGAUGAGGCUAAGGUGGUGGGAUUGGGAAAAGGAAGGACGGCUGUGGUGGUUGAGGUGUUGGAGCUGGCGGAAGGGUUGGUCGUGGCGGAGGUGAAGGUGGCUGACGGUGAAGAGGAGGAGGAGGAGACUCAUUGGUCGGAGCUAAUUGUAGAGUUUGAGGAGAUUGUGCUCUCAUGGCACAAUUGACGUCAUCUUAAAAGUUGCAUCUUUAGCUUUUUAAUUUAUGUAGCUAUAGCUUAAGAUGACUUUAGCUUUGCUUUCUAAGGUUCAGUUUUUGUAAUAUUUAUGACUAUUAGUGGAUUCACUUAAUGUCACUUGAGCUUGACCUUCA